AUUGAAAAGCAGUACGCAUUGGACUAGCAGCGAGAGCAGUUCUCUAAAGGAAUACAACAGUUUGAAAAAGGAUUUUAAAGGAUUUUUAACAUGUCGCCGCCACACCACGAACGAGGUCUCUUCGGCAUCCAUUUGGGUUUGAGCCUGGGUGGUCAUGGACACCACCAUCACCAUCACCACCCGCCGCCGCCGCCGCCCCACUACGAUCAUCACCACCAUCACCAUGGACCUCCGCCGCACCACCACCACCACUACGGGCCACCUCCUCCUCCGCCACAUCACUAUGUGGAGCAUCAUCAUCACCACAACAGCAGCCACUUUGAUCAUCAUCAUGGACCGCCGCAUCAUCAUCAUCAUCACCACUGCUGAUGAUGAUUUUGAAAAGGAAAAUGUAAAGGAAUGUGAAGUGUGGCAAUAUUUAUAAACGAAUUUAAUUUAUUAUUUCAAAGCAGAAAUGCUAAAAAAAAGACAACAAAAAUAUAAAAAUAAAAAAAAAUAUAUAUUAUAUAAACC